AUGCAGCGAUUGUCUCGUCAAAGAGCUUUGCUGGGUGGCCUACAAGGCGCUGCCAUAUCCCGCGCUGCGCAGCGGACCAGCAGAGCGCAUGCUUCAAGAUGCUUCUCAAACACGGUAUCGAGGCGGGACGGGGAGGAGAGGAAAUGGUCCACGCCGUUGGCGAAACAGCUGGCCGAGGCUAUCUCAAUGACCGGUCCCAUUCCCCUCGCGAGCUACAUGCGCAUGUGUCUAACCGGCGAUAUUGACGGAUACUAUACGGGUCUGGCCGAAGAGAACAGAGACCAAUUCGGCUUAAAAGGAGACUUCGUCACGUCGCCCGAGAUUUCCCAGAUAUUUGGCGAGCUGAUUGGUAUCUGGUUCGUCGCAGAGUGGUUGAGCCAGGGCAAGCCCAGCAAGGGCGUCGAGAUCAUGGAGGUCGGCCCCGGACGCGGUACGUUAAUGGACGAUAUGCUUCGUACGAUGCAGAAUUUCAAGGGUUUCGCGCAAAGCAUCGACGCCAUCUACAUGGUGGAGGCCAGCCCUCAGCUCCGCGAGGCGCAGAAGAACCUCCUUUGCGGCCCCGAUGCGCCAAUGACCGAAUCCAAAGUUGGAUAUCACAGCGUUUGCAAGCGUACCAACUUGCCCAUCGUCUGGACCGAGACCAUCAAGUCCAUUCCUCAAAGCCCCGAGAAAAUGCCCCUGAUAGUGGCACACGAGUUCUUCGAUGCGCUCCCCAUCCACGCCUUUCAAGCCGUCAAAGUUCCCCCUCCCGCACCCAAAGAACCCAUACCGGGACAACCCACCCCGAGAACCCCCCCUCGUGAAGCUGAAGGGCCCAAGAUCGAAUGGCGCGAGAUGCUCGUCUCACCGACCCCGCCAGACGCAACCCACGCAACAAUGAACAUACCGAAAUCAGAACAGGGCGACCCGAUCCCCGACUUCCAAAUGACGCUCGCCACAAGCUCAACCCGCCACUCGCGCUACGUCCCUGAGACCUCAUCCCGCUACCGCCGCCUCAAAGCCACCGUCCCGGACGCCGUAGCCGAGAUCUGCCCCGACGCCUCCAUUUACGCCGCCGACUUUGCCAGCCGUAUCGGCGGCUCAAAGCAGCACCCUAAAGCCCGGCCCUCCGGCGCGGCACUGAUCCUGGAUUACGGCACGUCCGAUACCGUCCCCAUCAACUCCCUGAGAGGCAUCCGCCGCCACCGACGCGUCAGUCCCUUCUCGGAGCCGGGCCUCGUCGACCUGAGCGCCGACGUCGACUUCACCGCCAUCGCCGAGGCAGCGAUGAUCGCGAGUGAGGGUGUCGAGGUCCACGGGCCCGUCGACCAGGGCGCAUUCCUGGGUCAGAUGGGCAUCAAAGAGCGUGCCGAGGUCUUGAUCAAGCAAGUCAAGGCCAAGGCGGCCACCGAUAAGGCGCAGGCCAUUGAGGGUGCUUGGAAGCGUCUUGUCGACCGUGGCCCUGGUGGGAUGGGUAAGGUAUACAAGGCCAUGGCCAUCUUGCCUGAGAACGAUGGAAAGAGGCGUCCCGUCGGCUUUGGCGGCGAUGUGUAA